AUGCCUUCCGUGCCCCGACCACAGCGGGUGCUGCUGCUCGCAACUGGGUUGGCCCUCGCACAAGUUUGCGUCUCACACGCGUGGUACAACAACUUUGAUGCAUCGCUCGACAUGUCUUGCUCGAGUGGUGGGAUGUCGCGCAUCCAAUCAUACCACUCAAACCACAACGAAGAUCGGCGUUGGACACGCUCUUGCGUGACAUACGGCAUUUCAAGCUACGGAUCCACUACGUUCUCCUCCAACUAUGUCAACAACUUUGAUGCGGACGUCAACUUCGAGUGUGACACCAACUACUAUCUGUAUCGAAUGGCCAGCUACCACAGCAACCACAACGAGGACCGACGCUGGAAGUUUGGAUGCCGCCGAAUCAGCGGAGCAACGCUGACGUCUUGCUCGUUGUCGACAAGCUACGACAACAACUAUGACGAUGCCGUCGACAUUCAAGUCAGCUCGCGCAGAGCCAUCACAGGCCUGUCCUCCGUUCACAGCAACCACAACGAGGACCGGCGGUGGCGUGUCAGGACCUGCGAGAUUGACUGUACGGAGAGCAGUGGCUAUGUCAACGACGGCACCUACGGUUGUCGACGUGUGACCUGCGGCUCUCUGACACUUGCGCACGGCCAACUGGAAGGCGACUGCGGUGGCACCUUUGGAAAUCAGUGCAGCUUCAAGUCGUGUGAUGAAGGUUAUCAGGUGUCUGCAUCGGGCACUAAGGACGCGCGCGAGUGUCGCGUUGUCAACGGCCAGGGCGUCUGGAGUGGAUCCGCGCCAACCUGUGAAGAUGUGAAUGAAUGCUCCAGUGGACAGCAUGACUGCGUUGCUCCUGCAGUUUGUGUCAACGACGCCGGUGGCUAUCGCUGCAACUGCCCUUACGGCCCUCUCACCUCAAAUGGCCGAGGGUGCGACUUGCAAGGACCUCGCGCGACGUUUGAUAUUGGAACGCACUCAAUCGCCAUGAGCAUUCAAAACGCAGAUGACUUCCCGGAAUACGAGAUUACCGUGGCGGAGUGGGCCUUGGAUCUCUCGCAGACCACCACCCUCCCAGACUACCCCGUUGUUGAAGAGCGUGUUCUUUCCAGCUUCACAGCCACAGGACUUCAGCCCGGUCGACGCUUUGAGGUCAUCAUCACGCCAGUGGACGACAAUGGCGUGCGGACGACCGAUCUUCAGAUGGUUGCGGGCACGAGCGAGGGCAGCAUCCAGACAUCCUGCGGAUGUCGCGCGAGCGAGCCCUCGGGGCCGCCCUCUGACUUUGAACUCCGCCAGCACCGCGGACUUGUCUUCUUCUCGUGGACAGACCAGAGCUACUGCGAGUCCGGCUUCAACUUCUUCCGUGAUGGCGUCAGCAUGGCCUCCUCGUACGAUAUUACCUCUGCGGAAGAGUGUGGUGCGCGCCACGACCCCCAAUUGAUCUACGACAACCUCGCACUCACCAAAGACGACAUUUACAAGCCCCUUGAUGAUGGCACAAACUACAAGCUGCCAGAAGGCAUUUUUCCGCUGCGCGUUCACACCGCAAAGAGCGGGAGCGAUGAGCGGUUUGCGUAUCCCUCCGAACUUGCAGUUGGAGAGCACUUUACGUCGACGUCGACGUCUUCAUCGUCGUCGACCUCGUCGUCCACGUCCACAUCUACGUCGUCCUCCGUGACAACAACAACCUCAACCACCACCACGCCCACGCAGAUGCCCAGUACUGUGCACGAGCAUGAACUUGACGACGACUUUACGACCACAACCACGACGCCAAUUGUCACAACCACAACCACGGUGGCGGAGGUGGAGAACGCCAUCGCAGCUAACGCACCUGGUGUAACAGUGCGCGAGGAGCGCGUGUACCCGACCGGCACCCAGACGGCCGUUGCAGGCAAGCAGGAGUGCCUUGACCUCUGCGAGGAGCGCUCGGAUUGGUGCAUUGCCUUUGUCGUACAAAAGGCAAACAACGGGCAGUUGUGGUGCCACCAGCUGCGCGUGCUGCGCACCACGCACCUCGCGGAUGACGACAUGUGGGCAGACUCGUACGAAAUGGUUCAAGUGGAAAACAGCGGCGUCGCAGGCUCAUACCUGCUUGCCACGGGUACGGAUGCGUGUGAGGCCCUUUGUUCCGCAUCGUCCACCUGUGCAAUGGUCCUGGCCGGCAGCGGUUUCUGUGCCCUGUCCGAGGGCAUGGAGACUACCGCGACCCGCCCAACCACGUACCACAACAGCCUCGUCAUCACAUCCCAGAAGAAGCGCUACGUGGGCUCCGCACCCGGCAGCUACAGCAAGUAUUGUGUCAGUGCCACGAAUGCCGUUGACUACGAGACCAGCGGAUACAGCUCAGCCCCCACGUGCACCGACCUGCAAAUCGCGUGGGAGACGGUGGUGCGUGGCCAGAUCACAAUUGACUCGGACGAGAUCCACCUCCCGGUCAAAGGCGUGCGCGUGGACGCGGCCAUUGGCGACGUGUUCUCCACCACGCACUUCACAGAUGAGGAUGGCUUCUUUGAGAUCCACGUCUAUUCCACGGAGCUGUUCAAGCUGCGCGAGACCAUGACGCUCAGCUUCUCCAAGACGUCUGGCGACAUUGCACACACGUUUUCCUGCGGUGGCAUCGCCUGCACAGAGCAGCACAUCAUCGUGGAGCACCUUCGGUUCGACCAGGAGGUCGCCGUCCGCGACACCACCUCCGUCCCGUUCUCUGGCCGCGUCACCAUCAAGGGCACAGAACACCAAGGCUACUUCAACGGCUGCCCGCUGCGCGACGUAGAAGUCUGCCUGUAUGACCGGCUGCACGGCAGCCGCACCCUUGGAUGCACAAUCACUGAUGCCCAGGGCUACUACACGGCCGUCGCCGUGCUGGGCUCCUCUGUUGGUGUGCGCAUCACCUUUGGCAACUCAUCCCAUUCGUUUGCGCGCGCAGACUACAGCCCGAAUGCACCAAACGCGCCAUCAGGCUUCUUCAUCGCCACGAGCGCCUCCACGGGCCUUGAGACGCGCGAGGGCUUCUACGACAUUGUCGAUGACAAGAUGUGGGAGAGCAUCGACUUUCAAGAUGUGACCACCGACGUGGUCACAGUUGACGUCGCAGGCGGGCUGUGCAACCGCACGCUGGGUCGCAGCAUCCUGGAGUUCCGCUACGACAGCUGUCCCACGUGGGUGCGCACGGAGCAGACGUCUGAGCGCCUCUCCAAGUGGACGCUCCCGGCGCACAUUAUGACGGUGCGGUUCCAGCGGCUCGUCCGCGACGGUAACGUGCGGGAGGAGAUGACGCGCUACUUCUCCGCCACGCUGGGCACGGCGCGGUCACAGCACGCCGACCUGCGCAACCCGCAGGACAAAAGCGAGGAGAAGAAGAUGGUGCGCUUCGAGUACCACCCGCCCCCCACGCUCACGGUCGCGUUCGUCCCUGUCCUGCCGCACUCGUGCAACUACGCCGACGGCACGCCGUACACCGUGAUGCAGCAGCGCACGCAGACGGUGGCCACCAUCACCGUGAUUGAGGACUUCGGUGCCGGCGUGGAGACGUGCGACAUCGUGCCGGGCGCGCUGGAGAUUGAGAACCAGCUCGGCGAAUCCCCUGUCCGCGCCAAGCAGAUUACUGGCAUCUCAAAGUCUCAGCGCGACCUUCUCACCGCCUGCUAUGACACAUGCAGCAGGGAAGUGCAGCACGAGCAGCGCGUGAAUGGCGAGAACGUGGAGCAGUUCAACGCCCAUGUCGCGCUAACGCUGCUCACCGGCGGCCCAGAGCUCAACGCAGAGGCCGUCGAUCCCGACCACCCGCACACCAAGCUGUUCCGCGUCACCAUGCACAACCUGCCACACGACCCCGUGACCGUCUACGAGAAGGUGGUCGUCGUGGGACAACAGGCGCGUGGUGCAUCUGCGUCAAUUCCCUUUCCCCGCUACAAGCCGCUUCUGGUCGUGCAGGAUCCACCCGGUGGGUUGUCCUCAGCCACGUACUCCAACACGUAUGCCAACUACAAGAUCUCAAGCAGCAGCUAUGAGUCAUAUGGGGGAUUCCAGGUUGCGGCGGAGCUCACGCCGUUCCGCGCGGACGCUGAGCUCGACCUGUGUGUUGGCCUUGGGGCCGCCAACUGCAUCAACCUCGUCAAGACCAAGACAGCGCCGGUCACCAUUCAAGCCGACAACACCAACCUGUGGGGUGGCAAAGACGCUGACGAUAACCGCGACACGGAGCAGGUGUGGUCGUUCAGCAUCGACGUGGCCACGUCUGACGAGCCCAUGCUUGCUGGGGAGCAGUCCGACAUGUUCCUCGUGCCCUCGCUCAACGUCCUCUUCCUGGACACGGACGUCGUCGACUUUGACGCCAGCACAUGCGAAGUCACCAAAUCGCUCAAGACGACCUGGUCCCUGGAAGCGGAGGAGAACAAGGAAGUUAUGACCUGGCUCUCUGUCUUUGAAAUUGAGAACAAGGAGAUCCCAGACUUGAAGCAGCGCCUGAGCGCAACGCAGACCGAGCUUGCCACAGAGGAGGACGAUGAGCUGCGCACUGAGCUGCAGGCAAAGGAGGCGGAGCUGCGCAACGCCCUCGACGCUUGGAACACCACGCUCCACCGCAACAGGGAAGUGCGCAAGAGCGCCGGCGAAGGCUCGCUGAAGAAAGUACAGUCACUGUGGACCGUUGGCGACAGCCUCCAGCAUGCGAACACGGGGCACAUUGAGGAUGGAAUGAAUAAGGGCGUUGCAUUUGCUCCGCAUGAUCUGAUUGAGAAGGCCAAGAACACGGACGGCACCGACACGACCGAGGAGGACUACGAGAAGCUGCGUGCAAUCAAUGCCAUCAAGUUUGCUGGUGGUGGGGCCACCUACAGCUUCGCCUAUGAUACCAGCUUGGACAAGUCUGUGACAGAUGCUUCUACCCAUAAGCACACACUCGAAGGUGGCAUCACGUUCAACCACGAGUUCAGCUUCUCCGGCUUUGGUGCAGAUUUUAGCCUUACCACGUUGGGCUUGGGCGAAUGGGAACUCUCAGAUGAAACCACAGAGGGCUACCAAAAGGAAACAUCAAUUAGCUUCACGCUUGGCGACGCUGAUCCAUUGGACAUCUUCGACGUGGAAGUGUUUCUGCAUCCGGAUUUUGGCACCUUGGUGUUCCACACCACGUCAGGCCAGUCGUCGUGCCCGCAUGAGGAAGGCACACUUGCCUUGGAGAACCCGGGCAUCAGCAUUCUCAAGCAACCAGCUGCACCGGUGUUGCCCAAUGAACCAGCGGUGUUUGAGGUGCUCCUCAAGAACGACGGCCCCGGAUACACAGACCUCAAUCUCUUCAAUCUGAACAGCGAAAACCAAGACGGCCUGACGAUUUUGGUUGACGGCCGAUCGCUCGCGAGCCCGAUUGACUAUGAGGGCUUCCCCGUCGGUGCACGACAUGCCACGAUCAUGAUCACGCGUGGGCCAAGCAAGUACAAGUACAACCCUGUGGCAGUGGGUUGGCGCUCCCUCUGCGAAGCAGACAGGCACCCCGACAACGGCUAUCUCAACGACGAGGUGACAACCGUCGAGUACGUGUAUCUGGAGGCCGAGUUCCUGCAGCCGUGCAGCCCCGUGCAGCUUGUUGGCGAGAUUGGCGAGACGGGCAAGUUUGUCAUCAACAAGGCUCUGGAUGAUCGCAGCAGCCGGCCGGGAGAGCUGCGCCUCGUGGCCUUCAACCCCGAUUUCGCCACCCGCAAGUGGACGGAGGACGAUCGGCUCGAGGGCGUCUAUGUCGAGUACAAGCCAACCGCAUCGCACGUCUGGCUGCAGGCGCGAGACAAGCAGGGCGAGGCCCUUGACAUCAAGAACAUGGAGAACGAGUUUGGCUACGUGACCAUUUGGUGGGACGUGUCCGCCAUCACCAACGGCGACUACGACCUGCGCAUCCGCGCUCAGUGCACCGCUUCCAUCAACGAGGUCCCUGAUGGCAUUGACGAGAACUUGUCCCUUGUGGCGUUGGGCGUGGUGGACCGUGAGGCGCCCGUGGUUCUCGGCUACCCUGAGCCGGCGGAUGGGCAGUACCAGCCCGGCGAUGACAUGGCGGUGGAGUUCGACGAGCCCUUGCAGUGCACCAAACCCCACUUCUUCCGCGUGCUCAUGACGGUGGACGGCCUUGAUCGCGAGUUCAACAACGACAACAUGGUGAUUGUGUGCGAGAACCGCCGCAUCACCAUGUCCCUGCGUCGCGGGUUUGACUGGGACGACAUCAGCGGACGCGCUGCGCGCCUGCAGUUGUCGACAGUGGAGGACCUGAACGGCAACGCCAUCCAGCAGGAUGUUGUGCACGAGUUUCAGUUCGCCACCGUGGAGUCAGCUGCCCUCGCAGCAGAGGUCAGCGGCAUCGAGCUUGCUAUGCCAUUCCAGGAUGCGUUCCUCAGCACACAAACCACCGAGUUUGCGGAGGCGGCCGCUCGGAUUUCAGCCGAUAUUGCCGCUGCAACGGGAGUCGACAGCAGCCGCGUGCGUGUGCGAUCCCUGACGCCGACGAAUCCAUAUGACUUUUCUGCCGGGACGACCGUCAGCCUCUACCUGCUUCCGGAGGACGCAGCGACGCGUCGCCGACGUCGCCGCGAUGGUGACACAAUUCCGUCUCCAACACAGCUAGCAAACCUGCUUGUUGGCUCGGUUCUUCGCAAUGCCACCUCUCUGGAUCCGCAGAACGUCCUCUUCAAUGUUUCCCGCAACGCGCAGGCUGAGGUGGCGGUUGUCACUGACAACAGCUCGCCCAUCACGACGACCGUUCCUCCCACCGUCACAGUUGACACCGGUGCCAGUGGCACCGCAACGAUGACGGAAGUCAACAACAAAGUGUCGUAUGCCAUUCUGGUCUUCGUUCUGGUCGGCAUCGGCCUUCAGCUACUCUUGCUGUUGCGGCCUUUGAAGUCGAAGAAGUACAAGGUGUCAACCGGUGCGCACUACCAGCAAGAUGCGGGCAACGACAUGGGCGCGCGGCCUUCUUUCGAUUUGUCUGCGAGCACUCAACAGACUCAACGGCCAAGUGUGUUCUUUGAGGAACACAUCCCCGCACUGUCGCAAGUGUAA